GAGCGAUUCCCAUCCCAAAAUCGUCGCCGUUUCCGUCAGAAAACCACCAAGCCAACAAGGAAUAGUCGUCGCCUGCAUCCACGCGUUUGCUUACCCAACCCAACCCCAACCCCAACCCAACCGCGUCCCCCAAAUUAAUCCCCUCCCCAUCCCCUACUCCUACUUAUAUCCCACCAAGCCGCACCGCCACAAAUCACCCAAAUCCAACCACCAAUCCCCUCCCCUCCCCUCUCCCGCCGCCGAAUCUCCCUCAGCUCCUCCCCGCCGCCUCAGUCGCCGUCGCCGUCGCGAACCAGCAGCAGCAGCUCGCGGGACGAGAUGGGGUCGGGGAGCCGCGCGGCGUCGUGCCUGUGCUGCCCGUUCAAGUGCCUGGCGUGCGGGCUCUUCAGCUGCCUCUGCAGCAUCCUCGUCUCGCUCCUCGUCACCGCCGGGGUCCUCGCGCUCAUCCUCUACUUCAUCUUCCGCCCGCAGAUGAUCGCGGCCACCGUCGACUCGGCCUCCCUCACCCAGUUCGCGCUCGGCCCCGCCAACCCCGCCCUCCUCCAGUACAACCUCUCGGUCGACAUGACGGUGCGCAACCCCAACAAGCGGGUCGGCCUCUACUACGACCGCGUCGAGGCGCUGGCCCUCUUCGACGGCCAGCGCUUCGGGUUCGCGCCCCUCGACCCCUUCUUCCAGGGCCACCAGGCGUCCACGGACCUCAAGCCGGCGUUCGGCGGCCAGCACGUGCUCGACGGCGACGUCACACAGAGCAACCUCCGGACGCAGCUGGCGGCAGGGGCGGUCGAGGUCGAGGUCAAGCUCAACGCCAAGCUCCGCGUCAAGGUGUGGGCGUUCAAGGUGCCCGGGCCCAGGGCCAGGAUCAGCUGCCCGCUCUCCAUCCCCGCCCCCGGCGGCGCCGCCCCCGCCUUCAAACCCACGGACUGCAAGGUCUGGUUCUGAUUCCGCCAUGGAUUCGAUUCCUUGGUGCUCGUUUGGGGAUCCGAUCCGGUCCGGUCUCUUCUCUCCUCUCCUCUCGCUUGGAUUCGAUUGACCACCGUCCCAUUACUAUGUAUGUAGAUCUUGCUAGAGAUUUUCGCAUCUACUGCUGCUAGUGGUACUAGUUGGAUUCGUAGCUGUAUUGCACAUACUACUACUACUAUCGAUUGGUCGAUUACUCGUUCCUUUGGUUCUUUGUUAGCGGUAGUACUACUCGUACCAUAUACUCCAGUUAUAUUGAGAUUGAUUCUAGUAUAGUAGUAGUACUAUUUUACCAGUGUUGAUAUAUUGAUCGAUAUUCAGAUUUCAUUCAGACUCUA